AAUUGCAUCAAGGCAGUGAAGCACUAAUGAAUUUGGCACUCUUCCUCACCGUCACCAAGAAUAUUACACUGUGAGAACAGUUCGUCAAGAUGUCAUCGUCUACAGUCGUUGAAGCUGUACAGGAUGGAUUGACAAAUAAGGAAAAGAGACUGGCACGUAAAGCAGAGAAGCAAGCGGCUCGUAAAAGUGGAACGAAGGAUGAUGAGAAGAAACGAAAACAGGAGGACGUCGUAGAAGAAGAUGUUGAAAUAAGCGACAAAGAGCACGCAGAAGGAGAAAAGGCUGAUGAGGAAGAGGAAGAGGAAGAAGACAUCGAAGCAGUCUCUCACAAAGAAAGAAGAAAGCGGAGAAAGAUGGAAAAGCAAGCAGCUAAGCAUGGUGAGCAAGAAGAAGGCCAGACGGGUGAAGUGGAUGCAAAGGCAAACGCUGAAUCAGAGAACAAGACAGUGAAAGAUGCAACACAACGAAGUCUCUUCUCUCUUUGGGUCGGUAAUCUUUCUUUUAAAACAUCACCUACCCGACUUCAAGAAUGGUUUGAGCAACAUGAAUUGUUCGGAAUCACUCGUGUCUAUAUGCCAAAAGGCGCACGAAAGUUUGAAUACAAUCGUGGAUUUGCAUAUGUAGAUGUGCCUUCAGAAGAAGAAGUCAAGCAAGGUAUCGCACUCAGUGAAGUAAAUUUGGACGGAAGAAGGCUAUUGAUCAAAUCUGGUUCUGAUUUCGGCGGUAGGCCCACAAUUGAUGCAGCAGCUCGUGCAUUAGCAGAAGGAAAUAUGGCUGCAAGUACAGGAGAGGAACAUCAACAAAACGAAUUAGAAGGUAUCAUUGGCAAGAAAGGAAAGACUGGUCUAACGAAAACAGCACAGAAGAUCCUGCGGGCACAAAAGCAUCCUCCCGGACCGACACUGUUCAUUGGGAACUUGAGCUUCAAUGCUACGGAAGAAGGUGUUCGUGAUAUGAUUGAAAGAUCGGCUGCUUCUAGAUUUGAACAUGAAUCUGCAAGAGCAUCUAAUAUAGUAUCAGAGAAAAAGAAGGAAGCCAAAAAGAGUGCAGAAGACGAUGAAGAGGAGGAAGCUGCAGAAAGCACAGCUGUUGAGAAUGACGUUGCAGAAGAGAGCAAGAAAGAGACUACUGGAGGCAAACCUGAGCUACUGAGAGGUGCAGGCAUACGCAAGAUUCGGAUGGGAGAAUUUGAAGAUACCGGAAAAUGUAAAGGAUUCGCAUUCGUUGAUUUCCAUACACCCUCAUACGCAACUGCAACGCUGAUUGACCCUAGAAACGGUCAUUUGGACGGAAGAGAGCUUAUACUUCAAUAUGCAGGUGCAGAGGCAAUUCGUCGUGGUGCACCAAAGGGUAAGAUGGGAGAACGACCACAAGGUCAAAAGCGACCUUAUGGUGAACGCAGACAGAGACCAUGGAAAGUUGAAGAGGAGCGUAAGAAACUUGCAGAAAGUGCACCUGAACCUGGUACAUUUGAUAUCGAUCAACCUUUGCCAAAGAAGCACAAAGAGACGAAGGAAGAACGUAUUCAAAGACGUGAGGCAGAAAAGGGUGACAGAAAGACUACUUCAACACGAAGAGUCAGACCAGGAGCAGCAUUGGCAUCUGCACAACGUGGAAAGGUUGCAAUUGAUAUUGACGCACCACAAGGAAACAAGAAGACAUUCGGAGAUGAUGACGAUGCUUAAAAGGAGGAAGUGGUGUAAAUCAAUUAAUUCAUUUCACAAAUUCUGUAUAUUAAUCUUGGUAAACAAUCAAUUAUGAGUGAUUCUG